UGCCAUUUGAUGUAAUUUCUAAUUAUAUAAGAUUCUAAUCCAUAUAUGAUUUUCCAUUCAUUUAAGUUAUUUAAUGAUACUGACGCACCACAUAUACGGAUCCCUGUGAAGCCCCUUCUUAAUGUCUCAGAUGAAGAGAGCAGAGUUGGUGUAGUUGUCUAUGAUUCAAAUGAGCAAUUCACUGUGAGUCAUUUUAUUUCUUUAUUGUUCUGCUGAGUGUAAACUAUUUCAAAUAUCCUUAUCUCUACUUUAACUUUGUUCCUCAUAUAAAUCUGCUUGUUUUAUGUAAAUGUUGUAAUUUCGACAGCUUGGACUGGAAAAUGCGACUAUAAUAUCUAAAGUCAUACGGAUUGAAGUCCCUGGGCGUGACAUGGUGAAUUUGACCAAUCGAAUUAUAAUACAGUUCCCAGUCAAUAAGACAACUGACAAUGCCACAUAUUCCUGUCAGUUCUAUGAUGAUAAAAACAACACCUGGAAAAAGGACGGGUGUAUCACCGAACAGAUCAGUGAUAAUGUUGUGAAUUGUUCCUGUGAUCAUAUGACUCCAUUUGCUGUGCUUCUGAUUAAUAUGAAGAACAUUGAUGAACAACAGUGGGAAAUCAUGUCAUACAUCAGCUAUAUAGGCUGCAGUCUGUCUGCAGUAUUUUCUGCUUUCUCCAUAUUGUCCUAUAUUGUCAACAGUAAUGCCAGGAAAGAAGUGUCCAGACGCAUCCAUGUGUCUCUGAGUGCUGCUCUGUUUCUCCUCAACAUCAGCUUCAUGCUCAGUGAAUGGGCCGCCACACUGAAUAUAAAUGAAGUUUGUGUGUUUAUUGCUGUGACGAUACACUACAGUCUGUUGUGUUGUUUCACCUGGAUGGCCAUUGAAGCUCUGCACCUCUAUCUUCUUCUGGUCAGAGUCUUCAACAUUCGCAUCAAGCACUACAUGGUCAAGCUCUCUCUGAUUGGAUGGGGAGUCCCGGCCCUUCUUGUUGGAAGCUUGCUAUCAGUUCAUAGCAGAAAUUCUGUGUAUGGUACUAAAAAUAUCACAUUAUCAGAUACCAAUCAAACAAAUGCAUUCUGCUGGACAACAGGUGGUGUCAUCAUUUAUGCUGUGAACAUUUCCUACUUUAUCCUUGUAUUCCUGUUCAACUCCGUAAUCCUGAUUGUAGUGUCUAGAAUGAUCUUUAUGCUACAAAAAUCAGACAACGGGCCUAAGAGCAAAACAGCUUGCAAGAAUGCCAGCACAGUUCUUGGUUUAAUGUGUCUGCUGGGUACCACGUGGGGUUUGGCCUUUUUCGGUUCUGGAUAUACAAACUAUCCUAUUCUCUACCUCUUCUGCAUCUUCAACUCAACACAAGGGUUUUACAUCUUUCUGUGGAUGUGUCUGACAGGGAGGACUAAAAAACAGCAAGAAGAAAAGAGGACUACAACCACUGACAGCCAAGAACACAACACCUAACCUUAAAUCACUUAAAUCAAAACAAGUUUUAGUAAAUCACUUUUAAUAUCA